CUAAUCAAUAUAUAUGUAAUCCUCCUCCAUUCUCAACUCAACACAAGCAGUACGCCGAUACCAUUUUAGAAUUCUAAGACUCACAUCUCCUUUCCUCUUCUAACUUAAGACCAUUAAUUUUUUAUAGAGAAAAAUAACAUGAUUAGUCCCAAGAAGCUCAUUAGAAUGGCAAGGAAGUGGCAUGAAAUAGCUUACAUAGAGAAGAAAAGAGUUUCUUAUCUAAGAAGUGGAGAAGUGAACGCAAUCAAUUGCAGCACAUCUACUGUGGCUGAGAAAGGCCAUUUUGUUGUCUACACAAGUGAUCAAAGGCGUUUUGUCAUGCCCUUAGCUUAUCUCUACACCACCAUCUUUCAAGAGCUCUUCAAGAUGUCUGAAGAAGAGUUUGGGCUAUCAAGUAAGGGGCCUAUCACAUUACCAUGUGAUGCAGUCUUCAUGAAUUACGUAGUCUUACUCAUCCAAAGAGGUGCAGUUAAAGAUUUAGAGAAAGCUUUGGUAAAUUCCAUUGCUACAAGUCAUUGCUCAUUAGCCUCCUCAUUACAUCAAGAACAUACAAGCAAACAGUUUCUUGUUUGUGGUUACUGAAUACAGAGACUUGGCUUUUGUAACUUUAUUCUUUCAGAGUUGUAGUUGUAUUCGAAUCUCACAGUUUUGAUGUUAAUAUGAUCCUAGUCUCCCUAUGUCAAUGUUUUAAAGAAGCAAUAUAUCUUCAGGAAA